CCCCGCCGGCCGCGCUCCGCGCUCCGCGCUCGGGUCGCCGGCUCGAUGGGGAAAGCGGCCGCUCUGUGCCGAGGCGGCGGCUGCUACGGCCGCUUCCGCCGGUUGUCGUCGCUGUCCACCGUUGUUCCCUGCCUGUCCUGCCACACGGCGGCACCGAGCAUGAGCGCUCCCACGCCCGACUCCAGACUGGAGCCUCAGCCCCAGCCUCAGCCCCAGCCUCAGCCCCAGACUCAACCUCAGCCCCAGCCUCAGCCUCAACCUCAGCACCAGGCCCAGCCUCAGCCCCAGCCCCAGCCUCAGCCUCAGCCUCAGCACCAGGCCCAGCCCAUGCCGGUGCCGCCAGAGUGGAAGACGGUGCCAGAACAGGUGCUGGGGCCGGCGUGGGAGCCAGUGCCAAGAUCGAAGCCCGAGCCCCAGAAGACGCCCGAGCCCCAAAAGACUCCCCAGCCCCAGAAGACACCUGAGCCCCGGAAGACUUCUUUGCCGAGACCAGGGCACAAACCGGAAUUGGAACUGCUGCCGAGGCUGGGGCCGGAGUCAAGGACCCGGAAAGAGUUUGGCCCAAGUGUAGGGGAAGGACACCCCACCAAGGCUUCCUCUGGACGGCCGAAGGCGCCCGUGGUGGGGAGCACGCCCUUUACCAGGCCCGUGUCCAAGCCCCCAGCUCUUCCGCGGCCAGAACAGCAGAGGGUGUCUUAUGGGGUCCCACUGGCAGGGACUGGCAGUACCUCCACCCCCCCGAGGCUGGACAGCUUCAAGGGCUGGCUCCUCAAGUGGGCCAGCUUCCUGAAGGGCUACCAGUGGCGCUGGUUUGUGCUCAGGAACGGCCUGCUGUCGUACUACAGAAACGAGGGUGAAAUGGCCCACACCUGCCGUGGCACCAUCGACCUGUCCACCGCGCACUUUGACAGGGAGGAUUAUUGCGGUAUCAUGCUGACCAGCGGGGCAAAGACCUACCACCUCAAGGCCGGCUCGGAGGUGGAGCGGCAGCAGUGGAUCAUCGCCCUGGAGCUGGCCAAGGCCCACGCUGUCCACAUGUUGCAGAACCAUUCAGAUGACUCUGGGGACGACGACGACGACGACGAGACUACCUCCCCAACGGACAAGAGCGAGCUCCAGAGCACCAUCAAGAACCUCUCCCUGAAGCUCGAUGACCUCAGCACGUGCAACGACCUCCUGGCCAAGCACGGCGCCGCGCUGACGCGCUCCCUGAACGAGCUGGACGGCCUGCGGAUCCCCUACGACAGCAGCGAGAAGCUCAAGGCCGUCAACGAGCGGGCCACCCUCUUCCGCAUCACGACCAAUGCUAUGAUCAACGCCUGCAGGGACUUCCUGGCCCUCGCGGAGGCUCACAGCCGGAAAUGGCAGCGGGCGCUGCAGUAUGAGCAGGAGCAGCGCAUCCACCUGGAGGAGACCAUCGAGCAGCUGGCCAAACAGCACAACAGCCUCGAGCGCGCCUUCCGCAACAGCCUGUCGGGCCGCGCCCCGGACCCCAGCAGGAGCUUCAGCCACGGGAGCGUCUUGUCCAAGGGAGAGGACAGCGAGGAAGAUGAGGAUACGGAGUAUUUUGACGCCAUGGAAGACUCCACCGCCUUCAUCACUGUGAUCUCCGAGGCCAAGGAGGACAGCAGGAAAACUGAGUGCGGCACCACAGGCCCUGCGGACUGGACCCCGGCGGACGAUGUCCUGGAUGGCGCCUCACUCACGCCCAAGGGCCCCCCCAGAGUGAAGAGGCGUGCCCGCAUCCCCGACAAGCCCAACUACAGCCUUAACCUCUGGAGCAUCAUGAAGAACUGCAUUGGCCGCGAGCUCUCCAAGAUCCCCAUGCCGGUCAACUUCAACGAGCCCCUGUCCAUGCUCCAGCGGCUGACGGAGGACCUGGAGUACCACUACCUGCUGGACAAGGCGGCGCUCUGCACCUGCUCGGUGGAGCAGAUGUGCCUGGUGGCCGCCUUCUCCGUGUCCUCCUACUCCACCACCGUGCACCGCAUCGCCAAGCCCUUCAACCCCAUGCUCGGGGAGACCUUCGAGCUGGACCGCCUGGAGGACAUGGGCCUGCGCUCGCUCUGCGAGCAGGUGAGCCACCACCCUCCCUCCGCGGCGCACCACGUGUUCUCCAAGAACGGCUGGAGCCUCUGGCAGGAGAUCACCAUCUCCAGCAAGUUCCGGGGGAAGUACCUGUCCAUCAUGCCGCUGGGGGCCAUCCACUUAGAGUUCCAGGCCAGUGGGAACCACUACGUGUGGAGGAAAAGCACCUCCACUGUGCACAACAUCAUCGUGGGCAAGCUCUGGAUCGACCAGUCGGGGGACAUUGAGAUCGUGAACUACAAGACCAAGGACCGGUGCCAGCUCAAGUUCCUGCCCUACAGCUACUUCUCCAAAGAGGUGGCCCGGAAGGUGACGGGCGUGGUGAGCGACGGCCAGGGCAAGGCCCACUACGUGCUGUCGGGCUCGUGGGACGAGCAGAUGGAGUACGCCAAGGUCACGCACAGCAGCCCCAGCAGCCCCCGCACGGACGGCAAGCACAAGACCGUGUACCAGACGCUGCCGGCCAAGCCGCUCUGGAGGAAGUACCCGCUGCCGGAGAACGCCGAGAACAUGUACUACUUCUCGGAGCUGGCCCUGACCCUCAACGAACACGAGGAGGGCGUGGCGCCCACGGACAGCCGGCUGCGGCCGGACCAGCGGCUGAUGGAGAAGGGGCAGUGGGACGAGGCCAACACGGAGAAGCAGCGGCUGGAGGAGAAGCAGCGCCUGUCCCGGCGCCGGCGGGCUGAGGCCUGCGCCCGGGGCUGCAGCAUGGAGGACGCAGAGAAGGAGACGGAGGCGCACACGCCGCUGUGGUUCGAGCGGAGGCUGGACCCGCUGACCGGGGAGACGGCCUGCAUGUACAAGGGCGGCUACUGGGAGGCCAAGGAGAAGCAGGACUGGCACAUGUGCCCCAACAUCUUCUGAGCGCCCCCUGCCGGCUCCUACCAUCAGGCCUGGCCCCCUCACUGAACACCCUCAAUGUAGUGCUUACGGCCCGGCCCCACCUCUUUCUUUCCUUUUUUUUUUUAAACAAAACAAUUUGGGGCGCCCACCUGGGGAGGAGGAAGUGCUGAUGCGGUUCUCCCGCCCCCUGGGACCGGCUCCCAGUCACACUCAGGCAGCUGCCGCCCCGGACCGGACCGCCACCAGCCCCCUGAGGCCCCGCCUUUUAGAAAAAACCUCCACUCUUUCCAGCCAAGACACUUAGUAGACAGCUGGCAAGAGCCCCUUCUUUCUAAGACAGGAAGCCAGGCAGACCCUAGUCUGGACACUCUGCAGCCCGGAGAGGAGGCCGGGAGGCCGCUGGGCCCCGGGAGCCUGCUGUCUCAGAGCCGUUCGCGGGGGCGGGCACUGCGGCCGGGUGGAUCGGAGCGCAUUGGCCUCGCCACGCGGGCCAGGCCCCGUCAGCAAUAAGAACCAACCCCCCAUCAGCCUGGGGGUGCCCCGUCACAGCACCCCUCCUCUUACUGGCCGGAUUUAUUUAUGUAAUGUAUAAAUCUAUAUAAAAUGGCUAUUUUGCUUACA